GGGCCUACGUCAUACGUAUGCGCCACGUCCACUGACAUUCAAAGACAGUUUGAUAAGACUUUUCCACGCUCGGAGUUUAAUUAUAAACUGUUCGACCAUGCACAGAGCCACACAAACAGCGUUGUACGAGUGGCCACACGUUGUCGGCCCUGCGGUGACUCGACAGUGUUUAAAAUACAAAGCACCAAUGCGGCAGAGCUUGCGUGCUUACAGUGUGCUCCCGCCCCCGCGGGACAGUGAGGAGAAGGAGAUGCUAGCCCAAAUGAUUCGAGUGGAUCAUGCUGGUGAAUAUGGUGCUAACCGCAUCUAUGCCGGACAGAUGGCAGUGUUGGGUCGAUCUGGGAGUGGACCUCUAAUCCAGGAAAUGUGGGAUCAAGAAAAGAAACACCUUGGGAAAUUCACAGAAAUUAUGGCUGAUAACCGAGUUCGGCCCACUGCAUUGUUACCACUCUGGAAUGUCGCUGGGUUUGUAUUAGGGGCAACCACUGCGCUGCUGGGAAAAGAGGGGGCCAUGGCCUGCACUGUGGCAGUGGAGGAAAGCAUCUCGGAGCACUACAACAGUCAAAUAAGAGUUUUGAUGGAAAAGGAUCCAGAGAGAUACAUUGAACUUUUAAAAGUUAUAAAAGAAUUCAGAGACGAUGAGAUGGAGCAUCAUGAUACAGGCCUGGAGCAUGAUGCUGAGUCACUCCCUGGAUACUGGCUACUAAAAAAUGCAAUACAGCUGGGCUGCAAAGCUGCAAUAUACGCUUCAAAACGUCUCUAAUUAUGUAGAAAAGUUAACUUUUUCAAAUGUUUGUUGACUUAUUUUUGUAAAUGCUUUCAUUGGAUUUUGUUUCAUUGUACCUUUGCCAGAUCAAAAAGUAUUGUAGACAAACAGUAUACAGUGUAAUUCAAGGGCUGUUUAAGUCGAUGGAGGACGUGACCCUUCCUGAAUCACAAGACACAUCUCUGUCAUGUUUAGUUAUUGUAAAUGUGACAUCUUAUGGUGAGUGUAGAUACUAACAAAAUGAGGACAACUUCGGGGAAAUAGUGGCCUUGGCUUAACAGAAAGGACAUAGUCCAUCCAUUUUCUACCUCUUUAUCCUCCCCAUAGGGCCCCAUAGAGACAAACAACCAUCCACUCUCACACUCACGGUCAAUUUAGUGUCCAAUUGACCUAAUUCCCAAAUCUGCAUGUGCUUGGACUGUGGAAGAGGAACCGAGAACCCGGAGAAAACCCCCCUGCUUCAAAACAAAACACUGAAAUACUCUUUGGCUGGUUAAUCUGUUUGGGCUGCUGUAGAAACAACAACAACAACAAGCGUGGAGUGAUUAUACAUGUAUACAAACAUACUUAUGGUCAGUAUAUUCUGUUUCUGCCAAUAAACCCUCUUAAAUGUUA